GCAGUGAGCGUGCGCGUUCGUGGACGUGGCAGUGACGUUACGCACACCGGAAGCGGUCAGGACUGGAAGUGAAACCCCGACCUCCCUAACAUCGACAAGCCGGGAAUAUUGUAAAAAAAAACGACGAAAUGGCACAAUAACAAUGAUGUGUGGAGUCGCUGAAGAACAGUCAGCUCAGCCAAGCUCUUAGUAACCUCUGAAGUCUGAGUUGUUUGCUUUGGCACCAUAAAGACGCCAGUGGAGUUUCACAGCAGCCGGAUCACUUUAGACUCACUGUCACACAUACACAUCCUGAUUUCGUUGAGGAGAAAAGCUUCUGUGGCAUUAUCAUGACGUGUCGGGACCGCACACUUGAGUUCCAGUCGGCUUGUAAGUCACUGCAGGGGAGACAGUUACAGAAUGGGACUCACGCUAAACCUGCCAUUAAUGCCCUUAAACAGCGCAGUGACUUCACUCUCAUGGCCAAGAGAAUUGGGAAAGACUUGAGCAACACAUUUGCCAAGCUUGAAAAGCUUACAAUUUUGGCCAAAAGGAAGUCUUUGUUCGACGAUAAAGCAGUGGAGAUUGAGGAGCUAACGUACAUCAUUAAACAGGACAUCACCAGUCUGAAUAAGCAGAUAGCGCAGCUGCAAGACCUUGUGCGAUCCCGCAGUGGGCAAAAUGGCCGCCACAUCCAGACACAUUCCAACACAAUUGUUGUCUCCCUGCAGUCCAAGCUGGCAUCAAUGUCAAAUGAUUUCAAGUCAGUCCUGGAAGUGAGAACAGAGAAUCUGAAGCAGCAGCGCAGCAGACGAGAGCAUUUCUCCCAGGCUCCUGUCUCAGCCUCUCCUCUGCUCACCAAUAACUUCAAUAGCUCAGUUCUGAUGCAGGAUGAGUCCAGGAGUCUGGGAGGAGAGGUGGCCAUCGACAUGGACUCUACAGCAAACCCUCUUCAGCUGCAGCUCAUCGACGAACAGGACUCGUAUAUCCAGAGCCGAGCGGACACCAUGCAGAACAUCGAGAGCACCAUCGUGGAGUUGGGCUCCAUCUUUCAGCAGCUGGCACACAUGGUCAAAGAGCAGGAGGAGACGAUUCAGAGGAUCGACGCCAAUGUGGAGGACACCCAGCUGAAUGUGGAAAUGGCCCACAGCGAGAUACUGAAGUACUUCCAGUCCGUCUCCUCCAAUCGCUGGCUCAUGAUCAAGAUAUUCCUCGUUCUCAUCAUCUUCUUCAUCAUCUUUGUGGUCUUCUUCGCCUGAGAAGGAACAACCUUGAGUGUAAGACGGGGUGGAAACAGAGCCAAAGGUUUUGAAGGAAGGAGGAACAGGCGAUGGACUUAUGGGCGAAUGUGCAAAAACACAAACACAAGUGGAC